ACCUGUUCUCUAGCACAGGGACAGAGACACCUGUCAGACACAGAAAGACUUCCCCUCUGCUCACACCAGCCACACUCAGAGGAACACGCUAUCACAGACUGAGCUGGGAGGACGUUGCUCUGCAGGAAAUAUAGUGAAAGCAGGUGGCCUGUGAAGAAAAGUGAACAAAGAAGAGGGAGAAGCCUCCAGAACAAGCAUGUCACAAGAGGGAGACAAAGCGACUGUGUUCCGUACCACCAAAGUGCGAACCAAGCUGAAGGAAGACGGCAGCUGGCUGCAGCGCCGCAGUGAACCUCAGCGUGAAGCCGCGGAGGAGAAACCAUGGUUAGCAGAGGUGAGGGCCGGCCGUCUUAACGGAAACCCUGUUGAGACCAGUCCAGAGCCGUCACCGACAAAACCCACUCCGCCGCCAGCCAAGACUGCCGCUGAGGGAGCACCAGCAUCAGGAUAUCUGAUCAGAGGCAUUUUCACUAAACUAGACAAGCCUGCUUCAACCCCAACAUCUAACGGCUUUAGCGGAACAACACAGUUCACCAAAAAACCCUCCGAGAGCUACAAGAAACUAGCCCCCUACUCUGUGAGGUCCACUUCAGAGAACCACGAGAGCCAGCUCAGCAAAGAGGAGCAAGAGAAACGGACGGAGGCAGCCAGCAGUGUUCUGAGGAAAUCUGCAGCCAGGCAGCGGUCUUAUGUGCUUUCUGCUGCUAAGAAAUAUGAGUCGAAAGAAGAAGCACCUGACACCUCGUCGGUCAACAGCAGUCCAUCAUUUGUGGCUAAAAGGGUGGAGAUUAGUGAUGAUGAUGAGAGUGCUGCCACUCCAGCACCUGCCAGCACUCCGCCCCCGUCUCCUGUCGUCCCCGUCACAUCUGUUGCCUCCGCGCCUCAGCCCAAGCCGCGGAAAAUACUCGACACCAGCGUGAAGGCAGCUCCCGACGUCGCUGCUAAUGAGCCGCCGGCACCGAAGGAGGAGGAGGAGGCCGCGCCAGAGCCCGUGGAAGACGACUCCCCUCCAGUGAGCGCUACAGAGAGAGACCCAUUUGAACACAUGACGCCAGGGUGCACCAAGGUGGCCACUCCUCUCCCUGAACUCGUCCCUGAAUAUGUUCAGGCAGUCCGUGCAGAGACAGAACCUGAGGAUUCAGGCGUUUCUGGGCAGGUUGACACACCUCUGGUUGAACUCGCCCCAGCGUUACCAACCCCGUUAUCACCUACCCCAACAUCCCCUGCCCCGGCUUCCACUGUCCCAGAAUCACCUGCUCCAGUCUCCAUUACUCCAGUGUCACCUGUCCCACUGUCACUGACUGAACCAGAACCAGAAGCACCUUCAAAGCCAAGCUCCAGUGUUUACUCGUUCUCCGCCUUGGCCUACGCUCUCACUUCUUUCGACACGGGUUCAACCAGCGUUAAGAAUGAUGAGCCAGAGCUGGCAGAGGAAGAGGGAAGCUCAGCGGACAGUCCCCCCACAGAGAACAGCGUUGAACAGGAGCCAACUCCGGAGCUCAGCAACUGCGUACCAAUGACAGACGAUCUCCUGGCUCUCACUGACGGUCCAGAGGCAUCGGCAGAGCCUGUUCCCCCCAGCCCAGGACGCUGGAGCCAGGAUCUGCUUAGCGGACUAGACAGUGAGUCAAACCCAGCAAAGACCAGUGGCGCCCUGGACCUCCUGGCCGAUGAUGUCAUUGUAAUCGACACAGAGGCACGCAGCGUCAGCAUGCAGCGAGAGGAGGAGAAACAGACAGAUGAGACAGCCAAAGAAACACAAAGCCCCACAGAGACAGUCACUAUAACCACCAAAACUGUGAUCAUUACUGACAAAAGCGAGGAGGACAGUGCGGAUCCCUGGAGCUCACACGCGACAACCACAGUUACUGAAUCAAGCUCGGCUGAUCCGUUUGAUCCAUAUCCGAUAGGGACCACAUCCCCUAACAGCUCCUCUGACCUGCUCCAGCCCCUCUCAGAUAUUUCCAUCAACAGUAUGAGCGGUAAUGCGUUGGAAUCCCUUGCAGACGAUGUCAUCCCUAUCAACACCGACACCACAAGCCUCAGCACUGGGCGCUCAUGGGCACGCUCAUGGGAAACCAGCACGCCUCAGCAGCCUGACACAGAAGAAAGCCAAGAAGCUCAGCCGGAACACCAAGACGCAGAUCAAAAGACGAUGGUCAUGUUUGAGAGAAAGUCCACUGAGAAUGACUCCCCAUGGGACAGGUGGACAUCACCCACUGUGUACACUGUCACCACAGGAGAGGAGGAGGAGGAGGAAGAAGAGGAGGAGGAGGAGGAAAGCCCCGAGGAUACGCAGACAGUCACAACCAUCACCACUAUCAGGGAGACACACAGUGAGCCAGAGCCUGCUAUGGAUCGGACUUUGACAGAAGACCAGCGUGUCGAAACACCAGAACCUGAGUCCAAAAGGGGGUUUGUGUAUUUGAAGGAGUAUGUCAAUGCAACCGAGCUGUCCUUGCAUAACGCCCAAGACACAAAUGAUGGUGCAUCAAGUUAUUUUCCAUCGAGCUCCACCAGUUACUCUUACAGCAGCCCAUCCUCUUUCUCCAGUGGCUCGCUGUCAUCCACCUGCACGUACUGUGGAGAGAUGGUGGGCAACGAUGCCAAGAUCUCCAUCGAGCACCUCAAUAUCAACUGCCACCCCGCCUGCUUCAGGUGCGGUGUGUGUACUAAGCCAAUGGGAGACCUUCUCGACAGUAUGUUCCUGCACGGUGGGAAAGUCAACUGCGAGAGCUGCUACUCCAAAGCCUUCGAGUGAUUAUUGAAGCUCCUCAGCAGCCUCUUAUCCCCGUCCCCUUCCCUUCAUGUUCAUUUGCAUAUAAAGUGAGAACUGGCCUUUCACAAAGUUUGGCCCGUGUUCGGUUUGAACUUAGGAAUGAUGUGGUUUAGGGUGAUCAAAGAGGCAUGUUAUAGCGAACAAUAUGAUUACUUGAUUCUUACAUUACUUUAAAUUUCUAAUUUCUCGAACAUCUUAUGCAAGCUUUUGUUGUUGCUUUUUUUUCUGCUGGUGAAAGCUGUUUCUGCCUCAGUGAAAACUAUGAAGGAUGUCUGUACAGCAGCUGAACAGAAUAAUGCUGGGGUACAAUUGCGGGCUACAAUAUUAUCAUUUAGCAACAUCAGUUAUGCAAGAAAAUGACUUUAUUAAAAAAAAUGUUCUUUUGAUCUUCUUGGUACAAAAUAGUGUGUUCACAUGUAUGAUGCUUUGUUAGGAAAAUAAAAUGAUUUCUAUGA